GAUUCCGACGUCGUCGACCGUCGCACGGCCAACUAUCUUUCGAGCGCGCCAGUUAAAAGUACGAACCCGCGAUAAACGGUCUCGUCAACCGCUAGUGCUGGUCCGCGUUUACCAGCACCAAACAAGAAACACGCUCUUCGUCGCUUAAAAUCGCGUGUGAAUUUAUUAAUAAACCGUCAAAAUGUUUGACGUUUUCGGCUCCGUUAAGGGCCUGCUCAAAAUCGACGCGGUCUGCAUCGACAACAACGUUUUUAGGCUCCACUACAAAGCCACCGUCAUCAUUUUGAUUGCUUUCUCUCUUUUGGUCACCAGCAGACAGUAUAUCGGUGACCCGAUCGACUGUAUCGUAGACGAAAUACCUCUAAAUGUGAUGGACACAUAUUGCUGGAUUUACUCAACCUUUACCAUUCCAAACAGACUGACAGGAAGAGUUGGACAAGACAUAGUUCAAGCAGGAGUGGCCAGUCACGUUGACGGAAAGGACGAGCUGAAAUACCACAAAUAUUACCAAUGGGUUUGCUUCGUUCUUUUCUUCCAAGCCAUGCUCUUCUACAUUCCAAGGUACCUGUGGAAAACCUGGGAAGGAGGCAGAAUCAAGAUGCUGGUCCUCGACCUCAACUGUCCCAUUGUCAACGAAGAGUGCAAAACAGACCGAAAAAAACUCCUAGUAGACUACUUCACCACGAACCUCCAUCUACAAAACUUCUACGCUUUCAGAUUCUUCAUUUGCGAAGUACUCAACUUCAUUAACGUAGUAGGACAGAUUUUCUUCAUGGACUUCUUCCUGGAUGGAGAAUUCAGCACGUACGGAAGUGACGUGCUCAAAUUUACUGAAAUGGAGCCUGAAGAACGCGAAGAUCCGAUGGCGAGGGUCUUUCCCAAAGUGACCAAGUGCACCUUCCACAAAUACGGUCCUUCGGGCUCGAUCCAGAAGUUCGAUGGACUUUGUGUCUUGCCUUUGAACAUCGUCAACGAAAAAAUCUACGUAUUCCUGUGGUUCUGGUUCGUGAUUCUCAGUGUUUUGUCGGGCAUUUCUCUUAUCUACCGUAUGUUCGUUAUUAUGGGACCCAAACUUCGCUUGUACUUGCUCAGAGCGAGAUGCCGCAUUGCCGCGCAGAGCCAGGUCGAAACCAUAGCCAACAAAUGCGAAAUUGGAGACUGGUUCGUACUGUACCAGCUCGGAAAGAACAUAGAUCCUCUUAUUUUUAAAGAAAUAGUGUCGGAGUUAUCGAAAAAACUUGAGGGAAAAGAGACUGUUUAAUAAUCGCUCUAAUAAGAGAAAAAAUAGUUAAAAUGAACUAAACGGGAUCAAUUUUAAUUCGCAAAUCUUCUGUGAUUGCAGAAAAGACUGUUAUUUGUUGUUCUGUACUGUAUUUCCAUUCCAAACUACGAACGGACGCUUCCAAAUUAUCUUUAAGACGUGUUUUGCACUGCCAAAAUGUAACAGAUUGUUGCAAUGUUACUAUCAUUCCUGUAAAUCACGAGCAAUAUUUAUAGAAGAGACGUUUUCGUAUGUCAAAUAAAUGGCGUUUUGUCUACUAUUUUGAGAAUAAUAGGCAAAAUAGCCGCUCAAAACUCGGACGAAGACAAGUUCUCUGUGAUAGAUCUGAUAUUGUUCCGGUUUGUAAUAAUUUAGGAUAUUGAACGCAUGAUGGACUCAGUUUUUUACACACCCUGUACAUAUUUUACACUUGAAUCGAAAACUUAGAGCGUUUAGAUUUUUUAUUUAUGUAAUUGAUUAUGUUAAUGCUCAAAACUACAAAAAGUGUUUUUGUAAUUUCAAAUGUUAUGAAAAUGACAUGUGACACUAUUUUGACAAUUUUAUUUUCAUGACUUUUUUAGUUAUACAGGGUGCGUUCAAAAAAAUAGGAAACCGGAGAAUACAGAUUUGGAAGUUAAAAAAAGCGCAUAUAAAUGAGAUAAUAUGUUAUGGAUUAUAUAAAAUGUGAUUUUUAGCUUAGUUAAUGUAAUAGUAAUUAUUAAAAAAAAUGGUGUUGUAGCUUCCAUACUGGCCAAAAUAUGCAUGGGCUAGAGAUAUUUUUUUAAGAGUUUUUAUGGAGCUAAAAAAAGACAAUGAAAAGAAAAAAUAUAUAUUAGAUUUAAAAUUAAAAAAAAUAAAAUGUAUGGAAACGUUUUGUGUUCAAAUUGUAUGUAUUUUAUAUAUUGAUGUUUUUUAGAAACCAGACGUGCCUUUUUGAAAUUGUAUGGAUUUUAUGCGUAUAUAUACAUAUAUAUUUUUAAGAUUAAAACCUUUUUA